AAACCUGGUCCGGCCAAAGCAGAGCCGAAACCAAAAAAGGUGGGGUCAAAGGAUAAAUCUGAGGACAAGAAAGCUCAAUCAAAGGGGAAAAAGGGGCCUAAAGGAAAACAGGCAGAAGAGACAAACCAAGAACAGACAAAGGACACCUUGCCUGCAGAAAAUGGGGAAGCUAAAAGUGAGGAGACCCCAGCAUCUGAUGCAGCAGUAGAGAAAGAAGCUAAGGCUGAGUAACAUCUGGUACCAAGUCUUUUAUUGGUGGUCCUUAUACCUUUCUUCUUGUACAAUUCAGAGGAAUAUUUUUAUCAACUAUUUUGUAAAUGCAAGUUUUUUAGUAGUUCUAGAAAACACAUUUUUAAAAAGGAAAGAAUCCCAACUCAACCCAUUUUUUUACAUAUUUAGAUAAGUGUAAAUGCUUUUUUAAAGUGGUAAAAUCGCGUACUGGUUGUCUGUUUUAUAUGAAACCAGAAAUUAAUGGCAUGAUACCUUAAGGAGAGGGCUUUGAAGCCUUGAUUAGGCUUCACGUUCCAUAGACUGUGAGGAAUGUUUUUUCUAUCCUAUUAAAUGAAGCAUAACACAGCUCAGACUUUGGAAUUCAUAACGAUAUGUUGAGAACGUCUUGACAUUUUAGUUACUUAUCUUUAUCUAUGGUUGUACCAUCAAGUAGAAUUGCUUAUCUAAAUAAAACUGCUCCCUAGUGUUGGAUUUCUUGCUGAGUGAUGUAUAUCUGUGACAAAGUUAUUUUUGGUAGUUGCAGCUUUAUUUUUUCCAACAACUUUGUAGCUGUGAUGCGAAAGAUUGGAAACUUCUAUUAUACCUUUAAAUACUAAGUAAAAGUUUGUGCUUGGCAGACAUAACUUAUGUCAGUAUUAAAUACACUGGAACUUCACAUCCAGUUUUUAAAGGACAGCUUGUCUACAAAGAUCAAAUGAAAAAUAUUUGAAAUAGUCCUAGGAAAAAAACCCAAUUAUUGUUUUUAGAUUUUAAAAAACUAUGUGAAUAAAAACAAUUGUAAAAUUGUUCAUAGUGUCUGUGAUCACCAAACAAAAGCCAAAUAAAUCUUGAUUGUGAAAGGA